CACUGGGCCAAAUCCUAAAUGGCCCGCGCAUCACAUCGUUGAAUCUUUGUUAUGAGUAGAAAUGUCUUCCAACAAGCUCAGGAAGCCUCGUCAUGAAAGCAGGACCAUGGCUCUCGCACGUCAGAUGGUUGGGUCGGCUGACAACAACAACCGGAUUACCUCUCACGGGGGCAUAGCUUCCUGGGAUGAGCACCUGAUUGAGGUACGCUCUACAACGGCCCUCUCGCACAAGAGCCCCGUUGGUUACCGAGGACGUAUGCGGUCCGCGGACUCCCCGCCCCAAACCUCGAUUCAAGACUACCUCAGCGCACUGCUCCAUCCUGUGUCUGCCAUAGAGCAAUACUGGGCCAUGCGAGCGGCAAGAGCAGAAGCCUUGCUCAACGCCCACGAGAGAUACAAGCGAGAGCUCGAUGAUGUAUCCGUGUCUCAUGAACAAAGGCGAUCGCGCGAAUUUGCAGAGCUCAAUGCUAGAUAUGCCCGAGAAUACGCGCAUGUCACACGUAUGGUCUGGAUUUGCCUUGGAGCAUUGACGAUAACCGUCUGCGUGCUCUUCUAUGUCGUCUUUCGAUAUGCACCACGGGUUUCUUCAGAUCCUAGUCGCUCCAGUGCAGUCCACUACACAAUCCCGAUCCUAUCGCCGUUUUCUUCAGUCAUUGAACACGAGACAUCUGCAGUGAAUGUGCCACUCGUUGCCGUCCUACUCAUCAUAAUGGGUCUCUUCGGCUUUCUUUGGUUUCGGUGUUGUGCACCACGCAAAUGACUGGUCACCAAUCCCUCCAGGUUUAUUCACGCUUCCUCAGGUUGUUGGACUACUUUCCCAACAUAAACAUGCUGUGUAGCUGCGUCGGAAUCUGUAAUAACUCAAUGGGACAUCAGGAUUGCCACCACGUAGACUUCGG